AAACAACAAACUAAACCCCCCCUUCUCCCUCCACUCGCCUUCAUCUCAACGGUCAGAUUUCUUGGUUCUUCCCCCUCCCCCCACCCCCUUCUGCCGUGCACUGACUCUGUUGCUCACUUCCUUGUCUUCUUCUCUGCCAUGUAACAUGACCGUGUCUACUUGCUUCCAUUUCCUGUCUCCGGUUCUGGGUCUUUGAAAUCUCCCUCGGAUCUAGUGUUCUAAAAUGUUUUCUCGUCUGCGAUUCUACCUGCUGGCACCAUGACUGUGACUAUUCAAUUGGGUUUUCUCGUCGUCAACGCAUUAGACCCGUCUUUCUCAGUUGUUGUCAUACAUUUUGAUAUGGGUUGUGGAGGAUCCAAGUCUGACGAUUUGCCCGUGGUCAAGCUCUGCAGGGAGCGGAAGGAGUAUAUUAAAGCGGCGUCCGACCACCGAUUCGCCCUCGCCGUCGCCCAUGUCAACUACUUCCAGUCGCUCCGGGAAGUGGGGGAUGCGAUUCGCAGGUUUGUUGAUGAGGAGCUUGUUUUGGGGGAUUCCUCCUCGCUUUCUGAUUCUCCGGUCCUGACUUUGCCAUCUGACGAUUUCAAACCAUCCUCGAAAAGGAAGAAACAUAAAGGAGACGGAACCCAUGAUUCUUCUUCGGCUUCAAUAGAAGAUAGCAGCAGCAGACAUGUGAAACUAGAGAAGGAACAGAGUGAUGUUGAGGAUUCCCAUUUGCAUUUGUCGUCUGGGUCGGCUUCAAUUUUGGGUUCUCAUUCAGAAUCACCUUCUUCAUUGGGUUAUACGCAUACUCAUUUCGAGGGAGAAGAAGCUGCGCCAUCGGAACCUUACGGCAAUGGCUAUUCUUACCCCUAUCCUCCUCAAGGAAAUUGGGAAUAUCCUUAUCCUCCUCAGGGAAAUUGGGAAUACCCAUAUCCUCCUCCGGGUAAUUCCACGCCCCAUACGUAUUACAUGAAGAAAUCUGCAACACCUUCUCAGUCGUUUGUGUACCAGGAGCCAGAUAGCUAUUCGGCUUAUGGGUACUCGGGUUCUACUCCGUACCCCAAUGGAGGAGGGUUUUCUGGCUACCCUAUGGGCUCGCCUCAAGGGGACUAUGGGGGAGUGCAGAGGAAUUCUCCUGCCGCUCCACCACCAGCCCCACCAUCACCACCGAGCGUUUCCGCAUGGGAUUUUUUCAAUGUGUUUGAUAGCUAUGAUGGUGGAGGGUACCCGGGUUAUUACCCGCAGAGUAGAUACGGGUAUGGAUCGAGCACGAGCAGCCCGGAUUCUAAGGAGGUAAGGUUGAGGGAGGGGAUUCCUGAGCUAGAAGAUGAAACAGAGCCAGAGAUGUUGAAAACAUUCUACAAACAGAAGAAGAAAAUGGAGGAGGAAAUGAAUAACGUGAACAGGAAUAGGAAUUUUGGUGAGGGUACUUCCAGGGCAGUGCCUGUUCAAAACGGUAGUGAGGAAUCAACUUCGAGCUCAAAGUACUUUUAUUUUGAUGCAACUUCGACUUCGAACUCAAAAGGAGUGCCAUCACAGGACAGUAAGAGCCCAGAGUCUGGUCAUAUUAAAUUUGUGGGUAGUAGUCCUGAUACUAUUGCAUCAAAGAGCCCUGAAGAAGAGCAUGUGAAGAAGAAAGGAGUGAAUUUUGAGGUAGAGGAGGCAUCUGUAAAGGAAGUUGAGUCAUCUAAAUACAGUAGCUUAACUACAUUGUCUGUUCAUGGUACAAAAGACCUCCGAGAGGUUGUGCAGGAGAUAAGAGAUGAGUUUGAGAUUGCCUCCAGUUACGGGAAAGAGGUUGCAGUGUUGCUUGAGGUGAGCAGGCUGCCUUAUCAGCGUAGAAGAACUGGGUUUAGAGUAAUAUUUUCCAGGAUCCUCUAUUUGGUGGCACCAAACAUUUUAUCUUCACACUCUCUACCCAGAUCGUCAAUACGAUUAACUUCUAGAACAAUGAAGCUGGCAAAAGACUACCAUGAGGCAUAUGGGCAAGACCUAAACACAAGGCAAGGAAACAUAUCAGCAACUUUGGAGAAACUUUAUGCAUGGGAGAAGAAACUAUACAAGGAAGUUAAGGAUGAGGAGAGGCUCCGGGUUAUUUAUGAGAAGAAAUGUAAGCAGCUGAGAAUGUUAGACAACCACGGAGCAGAGUCCAGUAAGAUUGAUGCCAUUCAGGCUUCAAUAAGAAAAUUGCUAACUAAAAUUGAUGUUUCCAUCAAAGCUGUUGGUGUUAUAUCCAUAAGGAUACAUAAGCUACGGGAUGAAGAACUGCAGCCUCAGCUCACUGAAUUGAUUCAUGGAUUGACAAGAAUGUGGAAGUCCCUGCUGAGAUGCCAUCAGAAACAAUUCCAAGCAAUCAUGGAGAGCAAACUUCGCUAUCUAAGAGCAAAUACCGGCUUUCAAAGAGACUCAGGUUUGAAAGCUACUCUUGAACUUGAGGCAGAACUUCUUGAUUGGUGUUCUCGGUUUAAUAAUUGGAUUGCCACACAAAAAGCUUAUACUGAGUCCUUGAAUGAGUGGCUUAUGAGGUGCCUUACUCGCGAGCAAGAAGUAACUGCUGAUGGAGUUGCUCCUUUCUCUCCAAGUCGGCUUGGAGCUCCCCCAAUAUUUGUAAUUUGCAACGAUUGGUUCCAAGCUAUGGAUAGAAUCUCAGAAAAGGGUGUAGCAAAUGCAAUGCAGAAAUUUGCUACAAGCUUACGUGAGCUAUGGGAAAGGCAAGAUGAGGAGCAACGACAGAAAACCAGGGCACAGUACCUCUCAAAGGAUUUCGAGAAAAGGCUUAGGAACCUACGCAUGGAAAGAGAGAGGUUACAAAAUGAUCAAGAUGCAUUGUCAGAAAGAACUGCUGCUUCCAAAGUUCCUUCUGACAGUGGAAUUUCACCACUAGAUGAUCUGAAGGUAGACUUGGAUUUAAUGAGGAAGAAAUUAGAAGAGGAGAGGGCCAGGCAUAAGGAAGCUGUAAAAUUAGUUCAUAAUGCUGCAUCAAACAGUUUACAAGCAGGUUUGAUCCCAAUCUUUGAAGCUUUGGGCAAUUUUAGCUCAGAGGCUUUGCAAGCUCAUGAGCAGGUCAGACUUCAACAUGCCGCAACUCAUAGGUAACUGCAUGAGUGAGAGGAACUGUGCCCUUGUGAAUGUAUAGUUUGUUGCAGUGAGAGGUUUAGAUAAGAUACACACAGAUAAAGAAGGAAGGAUCUAGAAAGUGGGGUUAUUGGGUUGUUCAAUGUAAUAUGAAGUUGAAUGUUUUGGAAUAACCCCUUAAAUGAUUGUACAUAGGUAGGAAUUUUGUACAGAAAUUCAUUUAUUGGUUUAUUGUUGUCUGUUAGAUGUAUUGGUUGUUGGUGGACUGCCUGGAGGGAGGCAUUAGCAUGGCAGUGUAACAACAAAAAUUUUGAUUGACAAAUUAUAAGAAAGCUCUUUUGGGAAG